AUGAUUCUAGAAGGCUGCGCAAAUUCUCUUUGCUCCUUGAUCCAAGCGACGGAGUCGAACCCGCCUACCUACAUCCCCUGCCAGAUCAGGAAGCGCAAAUGCUCCGGCACGCAGCCCUGCUCGAUCUGCGCCCACCUGAAAUCAGACUGCCAGUAUGGCCACCGUCGCCGGGAGAGACACAGUGAGCCAUCGGCAGUACUUCCAGGGGCCAACAAGUCCUCGGCUGCUUCUGGUGAUGGUGCUACCACUGCCAUCACGCUUGAUGUCGAUCACGCCGGCGCAAGUAGCAACCCGGGCCAGCAGCAGCCGAGUCCCGUCGAGGUCAACUCGGGUGCCGUGUAUGCUAAAAAGCUGGGCCUACAGAGCGAUCUCAACCUGGCGCCCACGCUGAGCAUUUUCGCGUGGAAUUUGGGUCUGAGGCGGUCUGCGCCAUCCGAGCCCUCUCUGGCCUCUGCCAGCGGAAACCUUCCCAUGUCUUUAGCAAGCAUCAUAUCUCGCGACGAGAUGCGUUUCCUGACAGAAGUUUACUUUGAAAAGAUAGAUCUGUACUACCCAUUCUUGGACCGAACCCAUCUUACCCGGCAAAUGGAAAUGGUAUGGCCACCUGGUCUUGCUGGAGCCAACACACUCGGCCUCCCUGAAGCUAUUCUGUGCGGAGUAGCUGCUCUGGGGUGUCUGUUCUCUGACAAGCAGCCCAUGUUGCGAGUCUCCUAUCUACGCAUCGCCGGCACCCCACACCCCACGUGGCUGGCGAGCUGUCACCUCAUGCACCUGCUUGAGGCAGCCGGGCUGCAUCUAGAGGGGUGCUCAGCGGAACAACCUCCUCCUCCAUCUGGCGACAGGACUUUGGUAGUCAGGCGGAAACUAUACGCCAUUGGCUGCCACUUUAACCUGUGGAUGUCUUUCGAACUCGGCCGCACGCGCGUCAAGCUGCCAACAGCGACGACCAAGCUGCCACUUGCCGACUUGUCAAAUGAGCAAGGAAAAAGGGACAUUUUCAGCUUCUUGGCGCUUUCUGAGAGCCUAGACUACGAGCACAGGCAGAGCGUCCCGGAGCUGGAGCAAACCCUCCUCGACAUCAUGAGCAUUCAAGACCUGGCGGCGCCCAUGGUACUAACGCAGUGUAACCUGAUGCUCUGCGUAAUCCGGCGUCUGCAGUACUUGGGGCUCGUCCUCUCGGGUAGCGUGCUGGACGGCUUUGCCCAGGUCGCACGGCAGGGGCUUCGCGCCACGCGCCAGAACGUGGUCGGCCACUCGCCCUGGCACCAGGUAGCCAACGUGCCCUUCCAGAUCAUUUGCACGCUGCUGUCUAUGGACAAUCAGGUUGCCAUGGGGCUGCUGCCAGAUGCGGUCCAGACGUUGCGCGAGGUGGCGACGGCGUAUAACACGGAUGUCAUGCGAGAAGCUUCCAGCACGGCCAUACUGCUCGUCAAGAUGCACCAGCGGCGGAAGGAACAAGAUGCCAAGGCGUUGAAUGAUAUCGUCAUGGCGGCGGCGGCGGCGGCGGCGGCGGCGGCGGACGACGCAGAGGCUAGAGGGUCUGCCGCUGGAUCCGCUGCUCAUGAUGCAGGACUCGUGGCCAGCGCCGACAUUUGGAUAGGCCGGAGAGAUGCGUCGGGAGUCAAAGAGUCUCUAUUGGCAAGCUAG